AUUCAUUCGCUGUUUAGCGCUUUACCGUGGUGUACUGUAUUUUGUUUCUUGUUUCUUGUUUUGAAUCGUUUGUCGUCUAAGUCAACGCAAUUUGGUUGGAUUUUUGUUUCUUCUUCUGUGAAACAUAGUUUAACACAAAAUCGACCGUAACAAAGAUUACAAUUUUGAUUUUUCGAAGAAAAAAAGGUUCAACAUUUUCAAUAUUUCUCACAGAUUUGAAAAAGAAAAAAAAAACAUUUGAUUUGAAGCGGAUGCAAUUGAUCUUCCGCUAUAUCGUGUGCAUUUUUAGUGUGAUUUUGUGCGAUUUUCCAUUCCAUCUCCAUUGAAAUUUUGAAAGUGCUUCAGUUAGACAAUCGUGAAUUUGAACUCUGACCAAGAAAAAAACAUAAAAACGGAAAAUUGCGUGAGAAAAACGAAAAAAUAAUCUAAAGUUGAUCAGAAAAUUGCCGAUUGUGACAUUGUUGGGGUUUUCCCUCUUAAUUCCGCAUCGAAUUAAAUGGAUUAUAUAUGAAAAAGGCUCACGAAUUAAACUUUAUUUUCACCGAGGUUUUUCUUUUUCUGUGGAUUACAUUGAUCGUUCAUCAGCGCUUGGAAUAAAUAUUGGAGAGCUACGACCACGAGCAACAUAAAAACAACACCAAAAACAUAAUCUUAGCCGACGAAGCGAGCUAACGACAGAGAAGGAGCACCAAGUGCAAGUGAAAGAGAGGCAAGGAGGGAGAGAGAGAAGAAGCAGAAGAGAAAAAAAUAACACCGAACCGUUUUUGUCGCGUUUUGAUUGUUGACUUGCACACAUAGACCGUGGCGCAGUUGGUGGCUGUUGUACACAAAUCGCUGAGUGGAACCAACGAAAAUAAAAAAUCAAAAGAAAAAAAAAACACAGCCACACAACAAAAACAACCAAAACGAGAAAACCUUAAACCCAGCCAUCGACAAAACGCGAUCGACGGAGGAAUCGACGGCGCGCUUACAGCAAAAAGAUCACCGAUCCACACACUCAGUUUGCUUAAACAGUCCGUUUCAUUCAUUUCGUCUGCAUGUGACUCUUGUGAUUCGCGCGCGCAUGCUUGUUCGUUCGUUCGGUGAUUCAGUGUUCAGCGUACUCUCUGUUCCGUACGUGUUCCAUCGUCGUCUUGGUAUAAAUGUCUAUAUCGAACACAUGAACUGAAAACUGAAUGAAAGAAGAAGAAAGAAAAAUUAUAUUUCAAGUGUAAACACCAGAAAAAAAGUGAAACUCUAUGAUUUCGAAUGCAAACGUUAAACAAGAUUAAAAGUGAAAUUUCGACUCUUAAGUCUUUCUUAGUUCGUUGGUUUAUGUUUGACAGUGGUACUGGUUCGCUGUCAUCUCGUUGAACUUGCUUUAUGGUUUUGUAUAACCCAUAAAUCGGUGUAAUUUCAUCUGGUGCAUUUGCAAACGGCGAAUGCGCGCAAAGCAGCAACAACAACAGCCAAAAUUGUUGAAUAAAUGCGAUUCAGCGCAACAGACUACCGUUUGAAUUGAGUUUGUUUUUUCCGCGCAAAUUGUGAGACACUAACUAUUUUCGAAGGUGAUUGUUGGCUGUCGUCGCACUAUUUACGUUUUUUUUUUUUUUUUGAGCGAUCGUGAUAAUAAGUAGAAAUGAACUAAAUCUUCCGUCAUUUCGAUGGAUUUGUAAAUAACCUUAUUGGCUGCCAAAGUUCAGCAACUACAUUCAUUCAAUUCGACAUCUUUGGUGACUUGGCCAAACCAUAUUGUGAUCUUCAAUAGUGGGCUUUCGUUUUUGGUCGGAAUUCAUUUACAAUUUUCGUCUCAUCGAAAGCGGUGUGUACAAUUUUGCUGUAGCAGCAUCAACGUUUUUGUGCAACGAUAAAUGUUCGAGAGUCAAAUUUUCCGUGUAACUGUGACAAAAAUCAAGCGACGAAAUAAACACAAUCCACAGAAAAUAAAACAGAAAUAAUGCAUGGCAAUCGAUCGAAUGCGGUGUGAUUUAAAACAGAAAUAAAUGCGUGCGUUGGUCAACCAUCACAUCGAACACACCACAAAGUGCAAUCGAAAUUUUGUGUAACAAAAUCCCACAAAACAGUGUUUCAGUGCUCAUUUCUCGUCGUCGUCCGUUUAAUUAUUUGUGUUAAUUUUCUAGCAAUAAAUCAUGUUAGGUCCCAAUAAAUGGAGACUUUUAACAAUCGUAGCUGGUAUUCUAUUAGCGCAUGCCAUUGAUUCACCAAAUCGAUCAGCUCCACGAUUAAAUGAGCCAACCAGUCAACAACAAAAUCGGCGCACAUCGGCGUUUGCCUCACUAUCACCAUCAUUGUUAUCAUCAAUAAAAUCCCGAACAAAUGCACCAGCCUCGCCAACAUCUACACACUUAGGUUUAACGAUAGAAACCGUUGCACCAACAUGGAAUAGUUAUAGUAGUAAUAGGAAUAGUUUUAGUGAACGACGCUUAGCUAGAAAUUUGUAUACACCAUAUAAGCGGUUUUCGAAUAUUGACGAUGUGCGAUACGUCCAGCGCCGCCAAACAACUGGCUACCGAAAUAAUAUACUCGAUCGGCAUACAACGUUCGGUGCAUUUCGGUUUUCGGCGCCACCAGCAGCAACAGGGGCCGGAGCACCUGCCACCGUUGUGAAUACAGCGAGACGGCGAUCGGAUGUCGAUGUGCCAGUAACACCGCUUACAUAUGCAAACGCAACGCUAACAAAUCCAUUGAACGAGGAUGGCGUUGUGACAACGUCCAAUCCAACCACGUUACAAGUGAUAAAACGUCGCAAAUACAAAUACAUUCCGUUGUUCAAUAGCAAAGCGCCCACAUUCGAUGUGGAAGCCACAACGUUGCCCGAUCAAGAGAUUCGAUCGAGAACGGAUCUAAAUUUCUAUGCAGAUGAUCACGAUGAAAAACAAUCGGAAAAACUAGACGAGCAAUUGGCCCAGGGUUCCGAAACGCUUCCACAAGCCUUGGCCCUGCAAUCCACGUAUCAAUCACAUGUUUCGAAUAAGGUUGCAUUUCCGGUGCCAACAUUCGAAGCUCCCGUUAAAACAAUGACACAAAUUUCCGAUCUACAAGGUCGUCGCUCCGGUUUAACGUUUACACAACAAACACCCAAAUUUGAUCCACCAUAUGUGCCGCAAUCGUAUCAGGAAGACGAUCCAAACCAUCCAAAUUUCCAAGUUCCAUACAGUGAAGAGCUGUCAGCGCCGGAACCAACUGAAAUUCGUACGGUACGCGGUGUUCACUAUGAAAACUAUCCACAUCGUUCGUCGGUCGUUCAAUUUCCCGGUCCCAGCACAAAUCACAAUGCCAAACAGUUCCGUGAUGAUGUCACCAAAUUUGGUGAUGCUAAUGGACCGAUCACAUCGAUGCAACAGCGUCAGUUCAACGAUUACUACGAUGGUCUGCGAACCUAUGAAAAUAUCUACUAUUCGGAUGAUUAUCGCCGGCCUCGCACCUAUCCAAAUCGAUCGCCAUACUAUGAAUCGUCUUCGUAUAAUGGCGAAUAUUCCGGUCAACCGUUGCGUUCACGUCUUAUCGUACCAUACAAAUCAUCACGAACACCACGCGUCAUUUUCCCCAGCAAUGACAAUCUACCCGCUGGCCUAUACAAUGGCGAAAAUUAUAGCAAUAACGACAAUGUCGUUUUCAGAGAUCAAAAUUUCGGAUUAAAUGAACUGGCAGCAAUCCAGGACGUUCGAAAUGAAUACAAUUUACAGGAUAUAACCGAUGAGCCGCCGUCAUCAUCAUCAUCAUCAGCAGCAGGAGCGGCAGCAACAUCGGCCGCUACAAAUGAUCGCGGCUGUGGAAUAUCGCUGGCGAAGCAAACAGCACAACGGCGAAUUGUUGGCGGCGAUGACGCUGGGUUCGGAUCAUUCCCAUGGCAGGCAUACAUCCGCAUCGGUUCAUCCAGAUGUGGGGGUAGUUUGAUAUCACGACGUCAUGUCGUUACGGCCGGCCAUUGUGUGGCACGGGCAACGCCGCGCCAAGUGCACGUUACACUUGGUGAUUAUGUGAUUAAUUCGGCGGUUGAACCGUUGCCAGCGUACACAUUUGGCGUACGAAAAAUCGACGUGCAUCCAUACUUUAAGUUCACGCCACAGGCUGAUCGCUUUGACGUUUCCGUUUUGACGCUUGAAAGACCCGUGCAUUUAAUGCCACAUAUCGCUCCAAUUUGUUUACCAGAGAAAAAUGAAGACUUCUUAGGUAAAUUUGGAUGGGCAGCAGGAUGGGGUGCUCUUAAUCCAGGAUCACGUCUCAGGCCAAAAACACUGCAAGCAGUCGAUGUACCAGUUAUUGAAAAUCGAAUUUGUGAGAGAUGGCAUCGGUCGAAUGGCAUCAAUGUUGUAAUUUAUCCGGAAAUGUUGUGCGCUGGAUACCGUGGUGGUGGAAAAGAUUCCUGUCAAGGUGAUUCAGGCGGACCACUUAUGCAUGAGAAGAAUGGACGCUGGUAUUUGAUUGGUGUUGUGUCUGCUGGAUAUUCGUGCGCAUCUCGUGGUCAACCAGGCAUCUAUCAUCGAGUUCCGUACACCGUGGAUUGGAUUUCAUAUGUCAGCAAUUUGAACAACAAAUAAAUUGCAGCGCUCCACACGCGAAUCUCUUCAAGCUAACGGUCCCAGUACCAACAAAUCGAAUGUCGACCGAUUGAAAUUCGGACGAUAAAAAAAAUCACAAAUCGAUUCGUCUACGAAUAGAAUACGAUAAUAUCCAACACAUAUCAACAAAAAACCACACAGACACAAACAAGAGAAUGAAUCAACUGUUUUUUUUUUUUUCAAAAAUGAUCAAAAUUUCUCUCCCUCUAAAUUAUCAAUAUAAUUUUGUUUUUCGUUUCGCAACUCGUUUUUAACAAAAUUAAUUCAUUUUUUCUUCUAAAUAUUAAAAGAAAAAUAAGUUGCUUUCUGUCUAUUUUUUUCAUAAUUUUAUUUAAAUUAUUUACAAGUACGUUAGAUCCAUCUCUCUCGUAUAGAUACAACUCUCUUGUCCUUUAUUCUGUUUCGAGAAAGAAAAAAAAAUAAACAAAAAAAAUCAUCUCUUUAAAUUUAAUUUAUUUAAAAAUCAAAUAUGCAUAUUUAUGAAAACGGAACGCCUUCAGACGACUGGCGAGAUGUUUUGAUACCAGCUAAGAAAUUCCAUAUAGUAUAAAGUCUUUUACUGCGUAUAUCGACACUAUUUUUUUCUGAUUUUCUGACGGAAACUAAGUGAAAAUAGAACAAAUGGCACAUUUUCUUAAGAGACUGACAAACAUUCGAGCAUUCGAAAUCGCAUCAAAGUCUAACGGGGUUACGGCCUCCAAUCGAUUUGAUGAGAUUUCAAUUUUUAACCACAUUUUUAUUCUUCUUUUUUUUAUUGCUUAAUAUUUUCUGUUUGAUAUUUAAAUGUUUGAAGGUGAAUGAUUCUUUUUGUUAUUAAAAUAUCUUUUUAAACUUAUGACAACAACAAAAAUUAUUUCCAAACCAAGUAUAUCAUACCUUCUGCAAUCGAAUGUUCGCCAAUCAUAAGAAAAACGUUGUUUCCAAAAACUGAGAUAAUAAAAAAAACAGCACACGUGGAGAGGAAUUCUCAUCGAAAUUCUCAAGCAAUUGUCAAAUUCUUCAAGUUUUUGCUUCCUCAAAUUGAGGAAUUUCGACAAAAAAAAAACAAACAGCGACUUUUUUUAAGUAGACAAUUUUUCCAUACAAACAAAAACAAUUGUAGUGUUUUUCUAUAAGCAAGUUUUUGACAUGAAUGGAUCAUAAAUAAGUGGUGAAAUGUGUUGAGAGAGCGAAAGCUUACAAAGAGUAAGCUCAUCAUUAAUAUGUUAAGAAUGAUGAUCCUUUAUACACGAGCAAACAGAAAUCAAUGAAUAUUUUUUUUUACAAAUAAUGUUUUGUGAUGAUCAAUUUAGAAAAGGAUGUUUUUUUUAAUAACUAAGAGAAAGCAACGAAUUGUAUGUUCAAGCAAGAAAAAAAAAAACAAUAAAAAAAUCGAUUAUGUAAAUAAGCUUCUUAAGAAAAAGAAAAUAACAUAACAUAUGUUCUUUUUGAGGGGCGAAUCAAAAGCAUCGAACGGAGUCAAGAGGCUUUUCAGUCUCAACCCAAUGUGUGUGUUUUUUCUUGCUUUGUUUGUAUAAACCUAGCGACACCGAGAGCAAAUAUUGCUCAAUCUAUGUUUUUUGUUUCAGUCAAUACAUAAAAUUUGUUUGCGCUGCAAAAAUAGAAUGAAUUUAGCGCACAAUGAACGUUAAACUCAAACAGAGGUGAUUUCGUUGAUAUCAAGACUUUUCGUUGAUAUCGAGAGCGCUUAGAGAGAAAUCCAAUUUUACGGCAAUAAAUGAUAAUGAAAAAGGGGGAGGAGGUGGAGGAGGAAAAAGACAAUAGCUGUACUAACUAUUGAGCUAAUGUUGUUAAUGUAAUUUGUAAUUCACAAUGAGCAAAUUGUGUAAAAUGUAUAUAAUAAAACGGAGAAAAAAAGAAGAAGAAGAAGAAGCAUAUAGUGGCGACAAAAGAAAGUGAGACACAAGCCGAUGAAACGUUGAAUUUUAGCCUAUUAUUUUAUUUAAAGUGUACGUUUUAUUUUAAUUGGACAGAUAAAACAAGAAUCAAUGUUAUUAAAAUGUAAUUCUUAAUUCUCUAAAAACACAAAUAAAAAUGAGAAAUUAAAGGAAAAAAAAACAAUUUUCGUGUAUUUUUUCUCCAAAUUCGUUUUUUUUUUCGUAUGUUUGGAAUAGUAGCAAAAAAUGUAAUUUUCGUUUGUACGACAAUUUAUUUCUUCUUUUUUCCAAUCGAAGGCCGAUUUGGCUCAUUCCGGCUCAUAUGCAUAUAUAUGUUGGUGGUAUGAUGACCUCAUGUCGUCGUCAUCGUAAUUGUCAUCGUAGCUCGGCGCAAUUACCAGGAAAGGGGAAAAUAUGAAACAUUUCGCCUAUAUCUGUCAUUAAUUUACGGCAUUGCUCUCGUUUUUGUGCUGAUUUGUGUAGAAAGUGAAUUUCAAGCUGGUGCUGCUUGUUUCUUUUCUUUCUGUAAUACAAAAUUAACUUCAAUUAGAAAGUCAUUUGAUGUGUGUGAUCUAAAGGUGUAUUUACUGGUG